AUGGAGAAACCAAAGAAAUUGACUGAUGAGGAGAGAGCUAAUCUUUGUCAACGUCUCGAUGAAGAUCUGGAGCGAUACAUGGACGAAUUGGCGGAACAGAGUGUAUGUAUUGGUUGUUAAUUAGUAUCUCUUGAUCUUAGAAAGCCAAGAACGAAAAGAAAGAGAAGGAACCCUUCGAUUUGGACGCCCUCCUAGAAGAGCUAGAUCAACAUCCCUUCUUCAUGAAGGAAUUGAAGCCCGGAAAGAAUGGAGAAUACUCACAUUACGUUCAAGCGUUGCAAGUAAGUGCUUCUCAUUUUAAAAUUUAAAGUUUAGGGGAUUCAUGAAGGAGAACGAGGAGAUUUUAGAUGAUCUCUCGAGGUCUAGUGUAAUAUUGUUGAUUCGAUAGGAAGAAACUGAACUAUUACCGAUUUUUUGGUUUGAUUAGCUGAAUCAGCCUUUUUGCUGACUCUAUGUUUCGUUUCAUCUCCACGGAUGGCAUGCAGAAUGAGAAUUGACCGAUUCUCUAUCGUCAUCUAGUAUAAUAUAAAAUUCUGAAGAAAUUGUCCGAAAAGUUUUAUGAAUCUUGUUGAGUUGACUUUAUACUGACGCAAUAAGACAUUGGCAUUAUAUAUAUAUAUUAAAAUUAUUAUUUUAGGCCCUAAAAUACGACGAUGAUGCAGCUCAAGACGCGUUGGAUGAUGCUAUGCAGGCCAAAAAAGAAGGAAACAAGUUCUUUCAGCUGAAGAAAUACAGAUGGGCGAACGAACAAUACACCAAGGGGAUCAAGGCGUUCUGUCAGGACAAGGAACUCAACUCUCAGCUCUAUGGCAAUCGCGCUGCAUCCAAUCGGCAUCUCGGAAAUCUGAAGACUUGCGCGAAAGAUUGCAUUUUCGCGUGGAAAUUCAACCCAAGGAAUUUGAAAGCCGCUCUCCGAGGAGUUGAGGUCUUCUUGGAGUUGGGGCAUGCGGCAAAAUCUUUGGAAUUGGCAACCAAAAUUGAGGAGACACUGGAAAAAUUGGAGAAAGAAGAGAAAUUAAUCGAUGAAGAGGCGAUGAAUAAGUUCAAAAAGGAUAUUGGAGAGAUCAGAAAGAAGGCCGAAGCUCGGAAGGUUGUCGAAGAACGAGAUGCAAGAAGAAGAGCGCAAGAAGUGAGUAAAAAUUUGCAUCAACAAUAUUAGACAUCAUGGAUAAUAUAAAUUUUGUCGAAUUUGCAGGAAAAACGAGAGGCUGCUGAGAAGAAAGCGUUGUGUGGGAUGUUCAAAGAACGUGGGCUACGGUUUCGACCGCCGAUUGACUUGGACAAACCCGAGGAAUUGGACUGGAAUGAUCUAUGUAGAAAGUCGCCGUAUACUAAAGUAUGCGUUUGUUUUUGAAUUUUGUUGGUUUUUAGAGCAAGAACGAACCGAUUAAGACACAAUGAUUGCAGGAGCUUCUCCAAGAACGGGUGUAUAUUGAUAAGGAGACGGAUGGAUUGAUGUGGCCGGUUUUGUUACAGUACGUUGGAGCCGGGCAAACCGACAUGGUGAAGGACUCACAUGAAGACUUGACCUUUGAUAGGUUGUUGAUGCCAGUGUUCUCGGAGCCGGCGCCUUGGGAUCGUGAUGAGUGGAACUUUAGAAGGUAAGUGUAAUAUAAGGACAUGGAUAAAGUGCAAGUUGGGUGAAUAGGGUACGAACGAAAGACAAUAGAGGAUAGAUUAGGGAUUUUUGCGGCUUAUGAGAGUUUAUUUUGGAGGUUUUGGGGUAAAAUUUUAUCAUGGGUAAGAUAUUGAUGUCAUGGAUAAUAUAAAAUUUGUUCUGGUUAGGUGAUAUUUUUGAAGAUCUGAAGUGUUAUCACCCUGAUAGUGACCGGUAAUGGAUAAUUUUUGGAUUUAACUGGAAAUUUUGCUAUUUUUAAUGUAAUAAAUAUCUGGUCCAAAGAUGACAAAACUUAUCUAAUUUGCCGAUUUCAGAGACAAUGUCCGUCUUUUCCUCCCGUUGGACGUAUUUGAUGAUGAACAACUUGUUGAAAUUCACCCGGAACAGACUCUUCGUGAAGCCCUUUCGACCAAGGAUCACACCAUAAUCCAAGGCCUCCCCGUUAUCCAAGUCUACCUCAAAGAAAAGGCGGAAAAGGAGCUGAUAAAACUGGAAAACGGCCAUUUCCGACCACGCUAA